CCCUAUCCGAUGCCGCUGCCAAUAAACAAAUGGCGUCAGUGAGCGAGUGAGUGAAGCUCGGCCGGCCCCAUGCACGGGCAGUAGAGAGAGAGGGAGGGAGGGAGAAGACCAAGACUGUACCGCACGCACAAGCACAAGGAGAGAGACGGUGCUGGAGCGAGCGAGCGGGCGGGCGGGAGGAGGAAGAGGACACGGCGCAUGUGAGGCGCCCCCAAUAAUUCCUCGCCCGCGGCCAGCAGCCCGGUACGCCACCCUGACCGUCGCUGCCGGGCGAGUGAGUGACCUCCCUCCAUCCACCCCUCCGUCCGACCUCGCUGCGUCCAGCCAGCUCCUGCCUGCCUGCCUGCCUGCCUGCGCCCUUGUUCCCAUGCGCCGCAAGAAGCCCACCUCUCACCUCAGCUCGCGGCCCCAGAGAAUCUUUCCCCCCCUUCCUUCCUCACUCCCUUUCUCUUUCCUGACCUCACCCUACCUCAUCCCCCUUUCUUUAUCCCCCUCCCUCUCUCCCUCUGCUGACAGGGGAGUGAGUGAGUGAGUGAGGCGAGCGAGUGAUGGCACGGGGAGGAGCUCGCGCCGUCGCGCCGGCGGCUCUGCUGCUCCUGCUUCUCCUCGCGGCAGGCGGCGGUGUGCAUUGCCUGAGGUCAAGGGCGGAGAGCGGCGCCACGGUCCUGGAGCUGCGGCACCACGCCAGCCUCGGCUCAGGCGGCAGGAGCGGCAGCGCGGAGGAGGCCCGCGGCGUCCUGGCCUCCGACGCCGCCAGGGUCUCGUCGCUGCAGCGGCGCAUCGGCAGCUACGGCCUGAUCAGGUCGUCGGACGCGGCGUCCAAGCUGGCGCAGGUGCCCGUCACCUCUGGCGCCAGGCUGCGGACGCUCAACUACGUGGCCACCGUGGGCAUCGGCGGCGGCGAGGCCACGGUGAUCGUGGACACGGCCAGCGAGCUCACCUGGGUGCAGUGCAAGCCCUGCGACGCCUGCCACGACCAGCAGGAGCCGCUCUUCGACCCGUCGGCGUCGCCGUCCUACGCCGCCGUGCCGUGCAACUCCUCCUCCUGCGACGCGCUGCGGGUGGCCACCGGGAUGUCCGGCGGCCAGGCGUGCGACCAGCCGGCGGCCUGCAGCUACGCGCUCAGCUACCGCGACGGGUCCUACUCCCGCGGCGUGCUGGCGCACGACAGGCUGAGCCUGGCCGGCGAGGACAUCGAGGGCUUCGUGUUCGGCUGCGGCACCAGCAACCAGGGCCCGUUCGGGGGCACGUCGGGGCUGAUGGGGCUCGGCCGGAGCCCGCUCUCGCUGAUAUCCCAGACCACGGAGCAGUUCGGCGGCGUGUUCUCCUACUGCCUGCCGCCGAAGGAGUCCGGCUCGUCGGGCUCCCUCGUCCUCGGCGACGACGCCUCGGCGUACCGCAACUCCACGCCGAUCGUGUACACCGCGAUGGUCACCGACCCGCUGCAGGGGCCCUUCUACAUGGUCAACCUGACCGGGAUCAGCGUGGGCGGCGAGGAGGUGCAGUCCCCGGGCUUCUCGGCCGGCGGCGGCGGCGGCGGGAGGGCCAUCGUGGACUCGGGCACGAUCAUCACGAGCCUGGUGCCGUCGGUGUACGCGGCGGUGCGGGGCGAGUUCGUGAGGCAGCUGGCGGAGUACCCGCGGGCGCCGGCCUUCUCCAUCCUGGACACCUGCUUCGACCUGACGGGGCUGAGGGAGGUGCAGGUGCCGAGCCUGAGGCUGGCGUUCGACGGCGGCGCGGAGGUGGAGGUGGACUCCAAGGGCGUGCUGUACGUGGUCGCCGGCGACGCCUCCCAGGUGUGCCUGGCCCUGGCCGCCCUCGGGUCCGAGGACGACACCCCGAUCAUCGGCAACUACCAGCAGAAGAACCUGCGGGUGGUCUUCGACACCGCCGCGUCCCAGAUCGGGUUCGCGCAGGAGACCUGUGAUUACAUUUGAUUUGACCGUGGAUCAUCGGGAGCUGCGUGUGCGUGUGUGCGCGUGUGAAUAUCCUAUAGUUGGGGAUUUGUUUUGGAAUCACCUCUGGUGAUUGGCUUUUUUAUUUUUAUUUUUUUGAGUUGUGGUGAUCGGCAAUUGGCAAUACGGUAUUUAGUUAUUGGCAAAUGUACAAGCGUUUGUAGUAGUUGCUCUAGCUUGUUUUUCUUCAUCUUCUUCUUCCAUUUCUUUGUGCUUCGAUGAAGCUGCUGGGCUUUUGUUUUUGUGUGUCGUGGUGCUGGUAGGGGAGGUGAUUGUGGAAUUGUCCUGUGCUUCCCGGCGUAUGAAAUGGAGAAAAUAAUACUACGAUUCUUCAUGAGA